AUGGCAGGAAAGGCACUAGUACCCUUAUCAGAUAAGGAAGUGGCCAAACUUGCCACGCUGGCGAUCGAGGCCAAAUCGAAAGCAUACUGUCCAUACUCUAAUUUUAGGGUUGGGGCUUCUGUUCUCCUCACGAAUGGGACUUACCACACCGGUGCCAACGUCGAAGUCGCUGCGACACCCGUGGGCAUCUGUGCAGAACGAUGCGCCAUCGCGCCCAUAAUCGCAAGCGUUGCUCGUCCCGAAAUGCCCGUUCUCCGCGCUCUCGCUGUGGCCACAGAUAUAAGCCCGCCAGCAAGUCCGUGUGGUAUGUGUCGGCAAUUCAUUAAUGAGUUUGCAAGCUCGAGGGAGUUGCCGAUUUACAUGUACGGCAAGGAAGGUUUAGAGGGAAAGCCUGUAAAGAUGACGAUCGGGGAGUUGUUGCCGAUGUCCUUUGGGCCGAACGACAUGGAGAAGAAUCCUGGCUCGAUGCCAGGAAAGGAUCAGACGCCGUAA